AAUGCCUCCAGAAAUGCUCGACACCGCCACUAGCAGUGGCAACGGCAGCAACGCCGUAACACCAGCCCAAACGACCUCCAAUACGGCACCCACCUUCCUUGACACCCAGCCAGGUCCAGACCACGACUGGAGAAUCACGUUGAAGAACAAGGUCAUUGCUAUCACGGGUGCCAAUAGGGGCAUCGGCCUAGCCCUCGCAGAGGUCUGUUUAGCCAACGAGGCUGCAGCCGUUUUCAGCCUGGACGUGUUCGAACCCGGUGAGGAGUUCGCCGCCCUGCAGAAGGCCAACCCGAAGCGCCUAUCCUACGUCCACUGCGAUGUCACCUCGGAGGAGAGCGUCACCUCCGCGAUCGACGCCGUUAUCACCGCACGAGGUGCCAUCCACGGCUUCAUCGCAAACGCCGACAUGACAAAGCACCAGCCCGCCUUCGACUUCACCCGCGCCCAGCUAGACCAACUGUUCAACCUCAACGUCUUUGGAGCCUACUUCUGCGCUACCGCCGUUGCCCGCCGGUUCAUUGAGCUGGGAAUCAAGGGUUCCAUCGUGUUCACUGCUUCCAUGACAUCCUAUCGCCCCAACCGCGCGGCGCCCUCGGCUCCCUAUGGAGCUACCAAGGGUGCCGUCCGGAACAUGACACAUACGCUGGCCAUGGAGUGGGCCAAGCAUGGUAUCCGCGUCAACUCAAUCUCACCUGGUUUUAUAAAGACUGCUAUGACCUACUUUGUGGAUCAAGCGCCGGACUGGGACCUCAAGAUGCAAUACUAUGGCGGCAUGCCGAGAUUAGCCGACCCCAAGGAGCUCGGCGGAGCUUAUGUGUACUUGCUCUCUGAUGGUGCGUCGUACACGACUGGGAUUGAUAUUCCGAUUGCUGGUAUUGUGGGAGCGUGGUAA